AUGGAUCUGUUUUCUCCUUACUUGGCUCUCCCCAAUUUUGACAUCUAUCUCGAUGUACCUAUUGAGCCAGACAGCAAUACUAUCAUCAUUGUUCGAUCGCCCUGGUGCGACUCAGGGAAGACAGUCGCUCGAUUUCGAGUAAAUAGUGAGAUUUUGAAGCAAGAAUCCGAUGUCUUCAAGACCGCAUUCGCCGACGGAAUGAUUGCGACCAAUAUAUGGCUGAACCGCCGCGCUGAACUUACCCUCCCAAUCGCUUAUGACCCCAGAGCCGUCCAAGCAUUCCUGGAAAUCCUCCACGGUCGCGACUUCCAGCCUCUUCAUUUAGCACUGACUGGCGAGCUCGCCAGUCUCUCAAUCCGCUAUCGUUGUCGAGCCAAAGUAGCGACGUACAUGACGGAAUGGAUGUAUAAGCAUGUCCGCCCCCAUGAACACCGUCUAGCCCAGCCCAUGCUCAUGGAGAUUAUUUCAGUCGCAUAUCGGUUUCGCCUCCCGGAAUCGUUCGCCUGGUAUACGAGCCGUGUGAUCACAGAGACUAAAUACGUGAUUCGUCCCCUUCACAUUCCCCUCCCUACCGCAGUGAUCGCGGAGAUGAACCGAGUCCGAAACAACGCCAUCAGGCAGGAUCUCAAGGUCUUGCAUGACGCUUUCUGUAGACUCGUGGCGGGGUAUGGACCGUGCACUGCCGACUGCAAUGUCCAUAUGCGCGAGGCGUUGAGGGACAAGAUCCUCCUGCAUGGCCUUGCGCCGAACCAACAACAACACCCUUAUAAAGGCCUCUCGCACCGGGAUCUCGCGGCCUUGAUGACUUCUUGGGAGUACCCGCAUGACGACGAGGACGAGGAACUGGAGCAUACGUGCAAGCAUCCUCAGCAUCCGAGCUUCGUUGAGCUCUGGGAUCGGGACAAUUGGGUGAUUGAGGGUCUGGAUGUGAUGGCUUUCCAUGAUGACAACCUUUAG